AUGAUUAAAACCAACAUCAGGGAUGGGGGACUCGUCCCCCACGAUGCGGCCUUCAUCGUGGAAGCCUUCGACUCGACCCUCGCGCCCCUCGCGGCCUUCGGCAGCGGCGAGAUGUGGGGUUCAAAGCCCUUCAGCGAGAAAGAAGGCUUCACUGAGGAGACGCUCAAUGACGUUGAGACGUCAGAGAGAUACCGGGCUACCGGUGAGGGUGACGCUUUGCGAGUCUUUAUCGCCGAGGUCGAAGUUGGGCCCUCGGCGCCGUCGGCGAUCGCCCCGCACGAUGCCGGGCAAGAGGAGCCAGGCCUCCGGUACAGGGUUGCCGACGACGGGAAGCGCUAUCUAUCCGUCGGCACCGCUGUCGUUCGCACGAAUUGGCUUCCGGGCCAUGUGAAGGCGCAAUUUGAUCGGGAGAACAUUCGCGACGCAUUGGAGGGGAAGAAUGAUUUCGUGUACCUUGAUGUCAUGGUCACGGACUACAGAACGGGGCAUCAUCGCAAGGGAGUUGGAGAAGCGCUCAUCCGGCGGGUUAAGGAGUACGGGGUUGAGGAGGGUAUGCAGGUGCUGUAUGUUGAUGCUUGGGCUGGAAACAAGAGGAAGCUGAUUAGGUUCUAUGAAUAG